GCAUCUUCGUUCGUAGAAUACUGCCGAUCAUUUUCGUAAUUUCCAGUUCUGUUUUUCGUAAUUUCCACCGAAUCUAGACGAUAAAUAGAGGGCAGGGAAGCGCCACUCCACACGGCCAGGAUGGAGGCCGUUCCGCGGAUGCCGAUGAUCGGCUUCGAGCUGAAAAUCAGCCCAGAAUCGACUAGUUUCGGAGCGCUGAAACAGUACAUCGCGGAGUACUAUCAGGAGGAUCCGGAGUCGUACUCCAAGGAGUGUUCCCUUCUCGAGCAGCUACGUGGAAAUGCCGCUCGGCCGACACGCGAUGUGGAGGGCACGGCCACGAUCCGGCGGUACUACUGCCAGCUGCACUCGAUCCAGAACCGCUUCCUGCUCGGAGGACUUAGCGAGAGCCAGCAAAUGUUGACCUUCAACUGGAAAGAUCUCUACUCCGGAGCGACAGCCAGCAAGACGAGCCUCAAGUUCGAGAUGGCCUGCGUUUUGCACAACUUUGCCGCCCUGCACACACUGCUAGGGCGUGCCGAGAGUCGCUCCGAUCCCGAGGGCAUGAAGAAGGCCUGCACGCACUUUCAGUGUGCCGCCUGGGCCUAUGGGCAUGUGAAAGAUAGCUUCAGCGGCCUCUCACUGCAGGGAGAUCUAACGGCGGAACUGCUCAUCUUCAUGCACACCCUCUGCCUGGCCCAGGCACAGGAAUGCAUCAUGGAGAAGAGCCUAUGUGACAAUCGGAAGUCGGGCAUCAUCGCCAAGGUUACGGCGCAGAUCAUCAGCUACUACAACUCGGCCCUUGCUGCGUUGUUGACGCAGGUCGGAGACGGCGGUCGUGUGCAGGACAUAGUCGGGAGCAAAACUUUCAAGGAAUGGCGCGGCUAUGUGCGCUUUAAAAUAUCGUACCUGUCCUGCAUCUUGCUGCUAUACCAGGGCCAGCAGGCCGAGGAGCAGCAAAAGAUGGGCGAACGCGUCGCGCUCUAUCAGGCUUCGUUUGAGAAGCUCGAAGAAGCUCGCAAGGAAGCGAAGGGUUUGGCAAAUCAGCAGCAAGUAGACGAGGCACUGCAGUUCACGAUGGACGUCGUCGAGGCGAAGCGUAAGGCGGCCAAGAACGAGAAUGAAUUUAUCUAUCACGAGGAAGUCCCAGAACUGAGUGCGAUCUCCGCCGUGCAGGGCGCCAAUCUGGUCAAUGGCAUCGCGUUCAAUGUGACCGACCCGGAAGCUAUGGGAGAGGACAUAUUCCAUCGGCUCGUUCCGAUGAAAGCACACGAGAGCAGCUCGCUUUACAGUGAAGAGAAGGCCACGAUCCUGCGUACGAUCGGUGCUAGGGUCGAAGAUCGAAAUACCGAACUUGAGACAUUUAUGAGUUCGCUCAAUUUGGCCGCGUUGCGACAGCUGGAAGUGUCGGGUGCACCGAAUGAUACUCGGCUACCACAAGGUCUGGUCGAUCGUUGUGCGGAACUGCAGGCCAAACCGAACGCCAUUCCCGAUUUGGUGCAAUCGAUGGCCGUGCUGGCGGACACGUGCUCCGAAGUGGAACUUACAUUGAAGGAGAUCAAAAAUCUGCUACGAGCCGAUGAAGCCAAGGAGGAUCGGUAUCAGCAGAAGAUCGGUCAACGAUCGAACGGAGGUGCUCAUAUCGUCGAGCUGGGACGCGAGCUGGCCAAGUAUCAGGAGGCACACAAUAAGGCAGGCGAAAGCAAUGAUACCCUGCGGAAGGCGAUGGGUUUGCACGUUCAAAACCUGAAAAUCCUCGCCCAGCCGCUGCCGGAUAUCCGUACGCAGAUACCGGUGUGUAUGGAGCACUACGAUGAGGCCACGUUUCGCGAACUGAACGCGAUGCUUGCGAAGGUAGAGGAGAUGCGUAACCAGCGUGAGAAACUUUAUCAGGAUCUGCGCCACCAAAUCACGGAGGAUGACAUCACCUCACAGCUGAUCGCACUCGAUGGCGGUGGUUCUGAGCAGCAAAAGACCAAAAUGGAAGCACUGUUCAAGAAGGAGCUAGCGAAGCAUGAUCAGCUGGUAGGAUUGCUGGAGCAGAACAUGAAAGCACAGCCAAACAUACUAAAAGCAAUGACGGAAGCCUACGCUCGCUGUGCUCCUUCGUUGAAAGGCUUCUCGGAUACGAAAACGCGUCGUGAUCAGUUCUUCUCCUCGCUGCAAGCUUCGUACGAUGUGUACCAAGAUUUGCUUUCGAAGAGUGCUAAAGGGCUCGAGUUCUAUCGCAAACUCCAGAGCAACGUGCAGAAGCUCUAUUCGCGUGUGAAAGCCGCAUGUGAUGUGCAGAAUGAGGAGCGUAAUCAGAAGCUCAAAUCGAGCAACGUAUCCAAGCGAACGAACGAGAUCAACGGUGGUGGAUUGGCAAUGACAGGAGGCACUUCCACCACCACGACGACCUCCAGUGGUGGACCAAAAUUGAAAGACUAUCUGAAGGCCGGAACCAUCACGCUUGGUUCGAUAAAGGCUUCUGGAGUAGACAAGCAUUUGCCAUCUAUUCGUCCUGCACCGGUUGGUUCCGAAAGCACUAACACGGGGGGAAGUGCUGCUGGCAUUUCCGGUGGUUACUAUCAGGACUCAUACGGUGCAGGUUAUAGUAAUUAUACCCAACAACAGCCACAACAGCAGCAGCAACCACAGCAACAAUAUAGUGGAAGCAGUAUACCCUCCGCAUCCGUGGCAGCAGGCUAUGAUUAUUCGCAGUAUGCGGCUUCACAGCAACAACAACAGCAGCAGCAGCAGCAACCGACGACAGGCUAUGCUAAUCCUUUGUAUCAAAAUACCAACAAUGCCUACUAUUACCAACAGCAAUCGCAGCAGCAGCAGCAACAACAGCAGCAGCCCACUGCCAAUUAUGAUUAUGGACAGUACGCCAACCCAGCAACGCAGCAACCAUCGCCUGCUCCUUCAACAGCAUCAUCCUCGACGGACAUAAGCCAAACUCCGUCAUGGCCCCAACUGUCGCAGCAAUUUUCCUCGAUGAAUCUUCAGCCAUCCACUGUCAGCGCUGAACAGCAAGGGGCAUAUUAUGGAGUAGCUUCAGGAAGUGCCAGCACCACUACCGCCACUGUGGGAUACACUGUCACAUCGGAUCAACAACAGUACCCUAAUCUUCAAUCACAAAUGAAUGCCUAUAAUGCACUGGCGCAACAGCAGUAUCCCACCGCUUCAAAUCCGGUUGCCUAUGUGCACUAUCCACAGGUCUCCUCAAGUGAGUCAUUAGCCUCCAUUCCACCGGUACAGGAUGCAUACGGUAACUACAAUCAAACACCGGCUCAGUAUCAGCAACCUGCCACAACACAGUACUACCAACAACAGGGGCCUUAUCAAAAUGAACAAACAACGUCCUACGGAUCCCAUCCGGGUUAUUCGUACAACUCGCAAACAGGAGCUUACGAGUAUACGAGCGGGUUCCAGUACGAUUCAUCGAACGCUUCCGGUUCGUAUCAGAGUCAGUACUCCGGUGGUUCCCAUCAAACACCGGCGGCAGUUGCCACACCGAUCCAGUCCGUCACGUCUGUUGAUUCUACCGCGCAGCAGUAUCAAAUCUCGGCCAGCCCUGCAAUCGCAGGACAAUCUUCGGGGAUCCAAGCAAGCUACACUGCAACUGCUACCCAGCAACCACCAGCAGCCGAUGCCUCCUCUUACUACGCCACGAACACGAACCCGACUGGCUACUAUCAUCAAUCAUCAACAUAUUCCACCAUCCAGUCGAAUCAAUAUACACAGCAACAAGUCGAUUCGGCACAGUCACAGCCUAGUGCGGCAGUUCAUCAGCAGCAACCGCAGCCGACUUACGAUUCUGGCCACGUGACGCACUAUUCACAUCACACGAACUCGUACGUAGAUAGCACUGGCUCUCAGCAGCACCAGCAACCCCAGCAGCAACCGGCAGCAACCACCACAACAACGACAUCAUCCAGCUCAUCACAGCAACCAAUUCAACCGACCGCGCAAGUCGCCUCGCAACCGGUCAAGCCUUCCACCAGCAGUGGUAACAUCGAUCUGCUAUCAGGAAUCGACUUUUCACCGGCGAACCUUCCACCGAUUACCGUACCGAUUCUGCAACCGCAACCCUCACUACCUCCGUCCAUGGUCAGUGGCAGUGUCAUCGAUGGGAACGAUGGAGUCGCGAGUGAGGUAUUGACCCCAACGAAAGCAACGAAAUCCGUGGUACCGGAGACCUCAACUGUGGUGCGAGAUGCUGCGGCACAGGAAUCAAGCAGUAGUAGUAACGCAGUACCGUUGCCAAUAGCUAGCACACCCAGCUCGGUGCCAUUCGGUGAUCGUAAGCCAAGCUUCGACAAUCUAUCGCUCUGUUCCGAUUUGAGCUCCAGUUUCGAUUGGGAUAGUGCUUCAGUCUGCGGUGCGACAGCCACUGUGACUGGUAGUGGAAGUUUGACCAGCGCACUGGACAACGUGUUUCUGCGCCCGGUCAAACCGGACCCCUUUGAGGAUGGUACCACCGUCAAGUGGUUCCAUAAGGAGGUGGAAAGGUUGGAAAAGUUCGUCGAAACAAUCAACGUGAAAACGCUAAACGGUACCACGCCACUCGAUAGCAAAUGGAAGGAGCUACAGGAUUUGUUGGUAAAGGAAGAAUCCAAGCGGCAGGUUGGCGUGGCACGCCUUUUUCCGGAAAAGAAUCGAUCGAUCGAUUGUGUCCCAUACGAUCAUGCCCGUGUGCAGCUAUCAACGGAUACGGAUAACUAUAUCAACGCCGUUUACGUGAAGGACCUUGGCUUUGGAUGUCCAAACUUUGUGCUGGCGCAGACGCCGCUUCCAAACACGGUGAACGAUUUCUGGAACAUGGUCUGGUCCCAGAAGGCCAACGUGAUCGUCGUUCUUCACACGGCAAAUGAGCUGUUAGAUCCUUUCUGGCCAACGGACACGGGAAAGGAGCUGAGCUACGGCGAUGUAUCGGUGACACUCGUGAAACAAUUCGAUCUGACACACUGUACCGAGCGAACGCUCCGCAUCCAGAUGCUUGGCUCGGACUAUUCACUUACUGUGGCGCUCCUGCAACCGAAGCUGUGGCCUAAAAACUCAGCCGAACAUAUGCUAGGUGUGGCCCAGAAUCUGAUCGAUGCCUAUCGUCAGUACAAUCAGCCGAUGGAUCAAAAGACUGCCCAACUACGUCCGCUGGUGUUGAACUGUUUGACUGGAACCGAUCGUUCCAGUUUGAUCACGAUCGCGAUCAUCACCAUACUGGCUACGCAAACACGAAAACCAUUGUUGAUAAAUGUAAUCGACAUUUGGUACCGGAUCUGCUGCCAGCGGAAGGGUGCACUGCGUGAUCCUAACUUCAUUCAACUUUCCUAUCAGAUCGUGCUGAGCCACGGUCACAGCAUUCUGAACAAACGUGGUAUACUGACGUCGUAUCAAAUGAAAUCAGCCCAAGCAGUAAGCAGCACGGUAAAGGAGGAGACCAAUAAUGAUCCAUUCAAAGAUCUCGAUCCCCUGUGGAAGUUGAAAGGGUGAUAGCCCGAUAGUCGAGUAUCGUUAUUUAGAUCCGCGUGUGCUUGAGGCGAGGAUGCAGGCCAAAUUAUUGUUACGUUUGCGUCUCUAAAUUAUGCAGCAUUUCGUUAUCGUGAUGCAAAAAUAGCAGCCACACCACCGGCAUACUCACGGUUAAUUCAUUUUACUCCACUGACAACCGCAAGGCAACAGGCGACGUUAUAUUCCAAUAAUCUAAUCUAUUGUGUAGCACGAAUGCACAUAUAUUUAUUUAUAUUCCCCAUUUAACCGGCUGUUGAGCGCAAAAAUAUAACGGAAUAAAGGUUCUGCAUGGUUGUAUCCAGGUGCAGAGGUAAAUCGUUG